CGAGAGAGUGACACGACACCGGUAGUCUGGUGAAGAUAAAACAAAAAAUUACAUCUACAGGUAUACUCUAGAUAAUAAAAUAAUGUUACCGCUUCAUAAAGACGAUGGUAGCUACCGACCUGGUUGGAGGAUCAAAGAAAAAUUCAUGGGAUGGAUGAGGUUGAUAUUUUCGGAGAAGACUUCAAGAAAUAUUUUUUUCUUUCUUUUACUGAACUUAUCAUUUGCUUUUGUGGAACUCCUGUAUGGGGUUUGGACUAAUAGCCUUGGGCUGAUUUCCGAUUCCUUCCAUAUGUUUUUCGAUUGUACGGCCUUGUUAGCGGGAUUGGCAGCUUCAGUUAUUUCCAGAUGGAGGGCAAAUGAAUCAUUCUCUUAUGGGUAUGUGAGGGCUGAAGUUCUGGCUGGCUUUGUGAAUGGGCUCUUCCUGCUUUUCAUUGGAUUUUUCAUUUUCUCUGAAGCUAUUGAGCGUUUAGUGGAGCCUCCAGAGGUUAAACAUGAGCGUCUUUUUCUGGUGUCGGUUGGUGGAUUCAUUGUGAACAUGAUAGGAAUAUUUGCGUUCCAACAUGGACAUGGACAUUCCCAUGGAGGAGGAGGUCAUGGGCAUUCACAUGGAGGUCAUGGACAUAGUCAUGGUCUGGGUCUAGAUUCUCCCGAUUCUGAUUGUUCUAAGGAUGAAGGUCAUGGUCACUCUCAUGGGGACUCGGGUCAUGGUCACUCUCAUGAAGGAAAAGGUCACGGUCACUCCCAUGGGGGAGACAGUCAUGGACAUUCUCACAACACAGCCAAGGCAUCUCAAGCACAAAUCAUGCAGGGUGUUUUUCUACAUAUACUGGCAGACACUCUAGGCAGUGUAGGAGUGAUAAUCUCCUCCUUACUUAUAUAUUACUUUGGCUGGAUGAUAGCUGAUCCUCUGUGUUCCAUGUUCAUUGCUGUCCUUGUUACAAUAAGUGUCUUGCCUUUGUUAAGAGAUUCUGUUGGGAUAUUAAUGCAGAGGACUCCCAGAGAAUUAGACCAUGUGUUGCCCGGUUGUUAUCAAAGAGUCUCACAGUUAGAAGGGGUAUACAGUGUACAGGAGCCUCACUUCUGGACUCUGUGUAGUGAGGUGUAUAUAGGGACCAUCAAGUUAGAGGUAGCCAUGAAUGCCGAUACUCGAUACAUUCUAAGUCAAACGCACAACAUUUUUACUCAGACUGUCAGCCAUGAACAAUUUUCCAAAACUCUGAGAAGCAAACUCCUCAAUUUGAUGACAGUAAUUGUUAAUCUGUCCCGCCAAAAGCAGGCUGUCCAGACGGGCUGGAGUGGGGAUCGGCUUGAAGAUCUUGUUGAUAUCUUCCUCAGGAAGUGCGGUAUCUCCUUUCGAUAUUCUCUGUUGGUUCUCCUGUUGCUAUAUGAAGCCAUGGGUAUCAAACGCCAGAAGCAAGUACGGAAAUCAUUAGCAUUUUACAAGAAAAACUUUGGAUACUCUCCCCCAUACUAUGUUUUAGUGGACGGCACAUUUUGUCGAGCUGCAUUAAAACAGAAAAUCAACAUCAGAGAACAGCUUCCUAAAUAUCUAGAGGCAGAGGUCAACAUCUGUACAACACAAUGCAUUCUUGAUGAGUGUGAAGCCUUUGGUUCUGUUUUAUAUGGACCCCUAAAAAUACUUCAACAAUAUCAGAAAGCCCCAUGUGGACAUUCAAAAAGCAUCAAAGGGGCAGAUAAAUGCAUCCAGCACACAACCAAGAAGACUGUAAAGUAUAUAGUAGGAACACAGGACCCUGUCUUAAGGGAAGUCUUACGGAACAGGACAGGACAGCCGAUUCUCUUCAUAGCUUUCAAUGCGAUAAUGUUAGAAAAUCCAUCCACAGCAUCACUUAUGGCAGCAGAAAAGAAAACAGAAACUGAAUUAAAACCGACCUCACACCAACAGACUGUGAUACAAAAACUAAAAAUACAAACAUUUGGAGAUGAGAAGGAGGUUGUAAAGAAAAAGAAGAAGAAAGUGAAGGGGCCAAAUCCACUUUCAUGUAAAAAGAGUAAAAAAAAGAAAACUGAUAUAAAACCUAAAACUGGUUCAGAAGAAACAAAGAAACGCAAGAAAAGGAGGAAAAAACACAAGUCUGCUCACACUACUGAAGCUGUGUUAUAGACUUUUGAACAAUUGAUCCAAACUGAACAUGACAUGAUUUAAUACAGUGAGACACAUACUGUACUGUUUAACUGGUAGUCAUUUUUACACUUUCCUAAUAAACUCUGUCCAAAGAUAUCCUCA